GCAAAGCCAAAAGCAACUCCUUCAAGCACUGGCAGCCCUCAGCAACAGUGGAAACUCAACAAGUGCUUCCCAGCAGCGCAACAUGCCCUCUCAACUCAAUGCGUAUUUGCUCUGUGCAAUGAUGCUGUGCGCUCUCGGGGCUCCUGUUGAAGAUGCGCCCACCGACAUUCCGGCAGGAGACACCUCAGGUGAGGAGAUGGGCCCCUCUGACCUACUGAGCGACUCCCCGGUCUGGGACUCGAUCCUUGGUGCAACCAGCCGCCACCAGAAGGAGUUUGAAGAUGAAUUCCACAAUGAGGUGAAAUAUGAUUUUCUUGGGAGCUACAAAAUCUCCUCACUUCCAGCACGCUGCCCUUACUCCAACUUCAGCAAGGAGGCUUGUCUCCGCAGGAUGGUCCACGGCCUGCUUAUUUACAAGGUUCUUCUCAAGCAUGUGGAGAAGGAGUAUCCCAGCAGCUUGAUCUGCUCAGAGGCCAAAUACUACAGCAACCUCCUGAUCAACCUGACCAAAGAAAAGAUGAGGAACCCUAGCCAGGUCACAGCGCUGACCAGCAUUCAGGAGGUGCAGCUGCUGAAGGACCUCGAAAACCCCAACACUUUCCAGAGAAAGAUGACCGCACACAGCAUUCUGCGCCAGCUCCACUUCUUCCUCCUUAAUGGCAAAAGAGUGAUUACUAAAAAGGAGAAGACCAGAGGAAGUAUGGCCAACGAGAGUAUUGGCAACUUUCAGCUUCUAUAACCAAACGGUGAACGAUUUAAAAUCAGUUACGAGGGAAUACCUCAGGGAAAUUGGGUGAUGUUCUCACAAUCAAGUGUUUAUUUUUAAAUGUAGCAGUGUGUAAAUCAACCAAUAUUGCAAAACUUAUUUAAACUAUUUAUACUUGAUGAAAAGUGUUAUUUAUUAAUCAUAGGAAAAUCCAUGAUUGUAAGUUUCUUGCAUUGAACUUGAUUAAUUUAUAUUGUGACAAUAUUACUUGUGCAACAUUGUUAGGACUGCAAUUUGGCAUGAAUUGUAUCAUUUACCUUUAUGAACAAUGAUUUUAUACUUACAGAACUGUUAAUUUAUUUUACAUUUAUUAUUCAACUAAAUUUGCUGUCGAUUUAACAACAAUGCAAAGAGCUGUUUUGAACCAAUAAGUGAUUGGAAGGGAUAUUUUCUACUGAUUCUGAAAUAAAAAAUCAUCUGUUUCGAUAAGAAA